AGAACAAUUCGCGACAGCUUGACGACCGACAGCGUAUUUUACACCGAUCUCGAUAUUAAUUAUGACAGAUAGCCCAAGCACAAAGCGGAAAGCCUCGGAGGAGGCUCUUUCCCCAGAUUCCCAGCAACAGAGCAAGAAAGCGCGCACGGAUUCACCCGAAAGGGAAUUAAAGACUGAAGAUGAUCCCCUGGAAAAGCCGCCAAUGCGAAUUGUUCCCUUUCCCGAGAAGCCCGCAGUGCUAGAGGAGCGCCAGGGCGAGAUUGAAUUCCGAGUCGUGAACAACGAUGGCUCCCGCGAUAGCUUCGUUGUGCUCACCGGAUUGAAGUGCAUUUUCCAGAAGCAGCUCCCCAAAAUGCCCAAAGAUUACAUCGCGCGAUUAGUCUACGACCGGUCGCAUUUAUCUAUAGCUAUUGUUAAACAUCCACUGGAAGUUGUAGGUGGUAUCACCUACCGACCUUUCAAUAGCCGCAGGUUUGCGGAGAUCGUGUUCUGCGCUAUUUCGUCUGAUCAACAGGUCAAGGGCUAUGGCGCUCAUCUUAUGUCCCAUUUGAAGGACUACGUCAAAGCAACAUCGGAUAUCAUGCAUUUCCUCACCUAUGCCGAUAACUAUGCGAUUGGUUAUUUCAAGAAACAAGGAUUCACAAAAGAGAUCCAACUCGACAAAUCUAUAUGGAUGGGGUAUAUCAAGGAUUACGAAGGAGGAACUAUUAUGCAGUGCACGAUGCUCCCUAAGAUCCGUUAUCUCGAGAUUGGACGGAUGCUGUUAAAGCAGAAGGAGGCAGUGCAUGCAAAGAUCCGUGCAUUCAGCAGGUCCCAUAUCAUCCAUGCGCCACCGAAAGAAUGGAAGAAUGGAGCUUGCAAGAUUGACCCGUUGAAUAUCCCAGCAAUCAAAGAGUCGGGUUGGUCGCCAGAUAUGGACGAGCUCGCCCGCCAACCACGCCACGGGCCGAAUUAUAACCAACUCUUACAUCUCCUCAAUGAUAUGCAAAACCACAGUGCAGCUUGGCCGUUCACCCAACCUGUCAAUCGCGACGAGGUACCCGAUUACUAUGAGGUCAUCAAAGAGCCAAUGGAUUUAUCGACCAUGGAAGAGAAGCACGAGAAGGACAUGUACCCGACGCCGCAAGACUUCGUCAAAGACGCUAUGUUGAUAUUCGACAACUGCCGACGGUACAAUAACGAGAACACCCCCUACGCAAAGAGUGCGAAUAAGCUGGAAAAGUUCAUGUGGCAACAGAUCCGAAACAUCCCCGAGUGGUCGCACCUUGCGGAUGGCCAUUGAAGCAGCAUUUGAGUUUACAAGCAUUGGGUGGGAGUUUGGGACAACGAUUCUUGUAUUGUUAGGAGUUUAUCAUGAAUACCCGGUAGCAUGUGGAGCAUUUAACAGAUAUCUUUCUUUCUUUCUUUCUUUU